GCCGGAGCAAAACCACCUCGGUGCGUCAGUAUGCGCUUAUAGCAAGCAUGGCAGGCGACAGCGAGACUAGGCUGGACAGUCAAGCCGAGAACGAGAAUGUUACACGGCAACCUUUCCUCAUCGGGGUAGCCGGAGGGACUGCCAGCGGCAAGUCGUCUGUCUGCGGUAAGAUCAUGGAGCUGCUUGGCCAGAACAAGAUUGACCAUCACCAGCGCCAGGUGGCCAUUCUCAGCCAAGACAGCUUUUACAGGGUCCUCACCCCGGACCAGAAGGCCAAGGCACUGAAGGGACAGUUCAACUUCGACCACCCAGAUGCAUUUGACAACGAGCUCAUCGUCAAAACGUUGUGGGACAUCUUAGAGAGCAAAACGGUGCAAAUCCCGGUGUAUGACUUUGUCACCCAUUCCAGGAAGGAGGAGGUGGUGAUGGUGUACCCAGCAGACGUGGUGCUGUUCGAGGGCAUCCUGAUGUUCUACUCCCAGGAGAUCAGGGACCUGUUCCAGAUGAAGCUGUUUGUGGACACAGACGCAGACACACGGCUCUCACGCAGAGUGCUCAGAGACAUCGGCGAGCGAGGUAGGGAUCUGGAGCAGGUGCUAACGCAAUACAUCACCUUUGUCAAGCCUGCCUUUGAGGAGUUCUGUCUGCCAACCAAGAAGUGUGCUGAUGUGAUCAUUCCCAGAGGAGCAGAUAAUCUUGUUGCCAUAAACCUUAUAGUUCAGCACAUCCAGGACAUUCUGAACGGUGGUCUGACCAAACGCCUGAACAGCAGCCUUAACGGUUACGGAACUCCCCGUAAACGGCAGGUGUCUGAGUCCAGCAGUCGGCCCCACUGACUGCACAGUCCCUCUCUCAGCGCCAGGGAGCGAGGGAUCGAUGGUAGAGGAGCUGAGGCCUCACCUGUACAUACCUACCUACUGCCUGUCCGCUACACUGUAUUUAAAAACCAGAACUAUUUAUUUCUCUAGCAAGAAGCUGCAAGGCCUUCAUUUGAAAUUGUUUUUUUUUGUACUGGAGGAUGACAUUGUUUGGAAGGGAGGAAGAGGAUUAGCUGUUUGUUUUGUAACUGUUUCAGGUCAAAGGUGCAGCAGUUAUUUUAUUUAUUUAUCUCUUAUUUGAUUUUCUGGAUACAUUUUUUGAGCUUACAGAUGUGAAUAAAUAAGGAGGAAGAUGGUUCAUCUGGGUUGAGCUUGAGCCCUUGGUGUGCGUUCAGUGGUCAGUGCAUUUUUGAUUGGUCAUGUCUGUCUUUACUGUUGUUUUAUUGGAAUGGAAGGGAGGAUGUGUGACAGAUUUGAUUUGUUACUGAGGGAACUCUGACACACACACACACCAUUAUAUUGGAAACUAUCCAAGAACCAAGAUGCAAAACUAAAUUCAGGACUGAUGCCUGCCACACCUAGUACUGAGGCUGCUCUAUGUAUAGGCAGACAUCUUAUCACUUGUCAAGGUACUGUAGUCCCUCGAUACACAUUCUGACGCACCAUAGAGAGACUCAGUAUGAGCUGAAGUGUUAGUAACUGCUAUUUGCUACAAGCAUGCUCAUAUUGAGUUAGUGAAAGGGAACAAUUUCUCAGGCCCUACACAGAUUAUCUGCCUUUGCUGACCAAUCCAGUGGGUCAAUGCAACUUCAUGUUGUCUCACUCUGAAAAAAUACUGAACUACUUGACUUUACAAAUCAAAACGGUGUUCUUAGAGUUUGUACAUAAUGUAUUUAGUAUUAUUUGCGCUAUUGAUGUUGCUGUUUUUCAGUAAUUUGAGUUUCACAGUAUUUACUUGUUACCAUGCAUCUUGAACAAACAACCUGAAUUUGAGAACAUCAAAACUGAGACUGUCUUUUUCGUCAAUCAAUCUUUACCUCGACCAGUUUUGUGUAUGGGGACUGACAACCCCACCAAAAAAAUAGUGUUCUGUACUUGUGCCCAUGGCCCCUCUUUUAAAGCCCUAGACAGGGGAGUUUGUAAAGGCCCCAUGUCUAUUGAAUUCUUUGUGGUUCCAACUCAUAACUUUUUUUCAUUAAUAAAAGCUAAUGCUCUUGAAGGAUGAGAUCACU